CACCUCCUCUGUGACUUCGUCUCUCAAGUUGCUUCUGGUGCUGCUGUUGCUGUUGCUAUCACUGCCCUGCCCUGUCCUGCGUUCGCAAGGUGGAGGACCUAAAAUCGGGAGGUAUGGGGCAGGCAGAGGAAAAAAUGUCAACUGCUCAAAAAGAAGACUUACAACUGCUUCUUGAAAUGUAUCUUGAAGAUAAAAAUAACAAGCAAAUUGAAGAGAUAUUGAAACAAUUAAUAGAAGACCCAAAAAAUGAUGUACAGAAGAGCAUCGAUGAAAUGGUACAAACAAAUACUAACCUAAAGAUUGAAAUUAAAAAAGCUGAAAUGGAGUUGCAACGACCUUCAUCAUCUUACCUGGUUAAAAAGAAUAUUCCUACAAAGGAAAUAAAGUUCAUAUCAGCGGAGAGCCCUAAGGAUGACAGUCAGUAUUCAGAUAUCUCCUGUUCAUUUCAAGUAACAACACAACUUGAAUAUGAAUUGAAGAAAGGACAAGCUCUUAUCACCUUUGAAGAUGAAGAAGUUGCCCAGAAUGUGAUAAAAAGAGGAAAACAUCUUGUGACAUUUGGCAGUGAGGAAAUGAAAUUGAUGGCCAAACCUGUCCCACUAAAAACAGGUUUAAGUCUUCAGGUUCAUUCAAAGAUUUCUAAGAAAAAGAUUGAUGUUGCCGGAAUACCUAAUGAAUUACCUGAAGAACAGAUGAGAGACAAAUUAGCUCUGAGCUUCAGUAAAUCCCAGAAUGGGGGUGGAGAAGUAGAACAUGUGGAGUAUAGUGUAAAUACCCAAAGAGCGGUUAUUACAUUUCUUAAAAAUGGAGUUGCUGAUAACAUUCUCAAGCACAAGAAAUAUCCUCUUUUUACAAAUACCAGCUGCUAUCAGGUUGAUGUUUCCCCACAUAUGGAAAAAAAUGUCAAGAAGCUACAGGUAUUUUCAGGAAUUUCUAAGAGGACUGUUCUUCUGACAGGAUUAAGAAAUAUUCAAGAUGAUGAAGAAAGUAUAGAAGAGGACAUUUUUAUUCAUUUUCAGAAAGGGUCAAAUGGAGGAGGGGAUGUAGAAGUUGUCAAAUGUGCCCUCAAAAAACCUCAAAUAGCAUAUUUUGAGGCUGAUUUAGAUCAGGGAUGCUUAACCUGGGUACAAUGAGCUUAUUAAAAUUUUUUUUGGAUAACUAUAUUUGGUUUCUUUUUCAAUAUGAAUUUUAUGCAUUUAAAAACAUUAUUAUAAGAAGGGGUGCUUAGGCUAUCAGACUAUAAAAAAGGCAUUUUGUAAUCCUCUCACAAAAAAAGUUAAGAAUCCUUGCUGGACACAAAAUACUAUGUACUAUAAAUACAUUGUUUCAAAGUUAUUUUCUUAUGAAUAAACUUUUGCUUUUUAAUUUUUGCUUGCCCUUAAAAGCAAA